AUAACGAUAUGGAUCAAAUCACGUGAUCAGGUCUUGUGCGCGCGCGUACGUGCUCGUCACAGAAUUUAUCCUCCCCGUCAGACUCCAACGAAAAAAUCGGGUAAAGUUGAAAUUAUAUCCUUUUUUCGGGAUUUUUUCCCACGUAGCUGUAUAUUUUUUUCAAUCUGUUAUCGAAAUAGGUUUAUAAAGGAAAUAGUGGCAGAGGUUUUAGCACAUAACAAUUACGGAAAAGCUGAAAAAACUUCAUUGAAUUAAACCAAAAAUAUCUCGGCUUCUGUAGAAGCCCGUCGUAGCUAAGUGAACGACUAGCUGGGCUUCCACAGAAGCCCGUCGCACGCAAAGGCAUUUCAUUUUCAGGAGGGGAUUCUUCGCCUUUGCAACUUUUACCAACCACAUAUAGUAACAAGCUCCCAACAUGAAUGUAAUUGCCGUCUUUGUGCCACUUUUCUGCAUGUUUACAUCAGGGGAGGCGAUAACAUGCAUUGUGUGCAGUGACAUCACGACUACAAACAACGCAGCCUUAAACCUGACUGUUCUCCCACCAGCGACGUGUGGGAAACCACAGGAGUCAAAUUGUACUUCCGGUGUCAAAGGUUGCAUGACCGUGGAAUAUAAAAUCACCCUGAUGCACAAAACUGAAGGCAAAAUCGUCCUGACAAGCAUUGAGCGAGGAUGCGCUCCCCCUAACCACAAUCACUUGAUCCCAGACGGGAACGCAUGUCUCAACGAAACUUCAACGGCCAUAUUUGCGUCACUUAUGUAUGAUCCGGCCACCGCACUUCCCCCUAAUCUUGGGGCGACCUAUGAUAGUCAUCAACUAAGCUUGUGCGUGUGCGACAGCGAAGAUCUGUGUACACCACCCGAACCAACCAGUCCCACGAAUCAAACGGUUCCAAGCGCCGAACCGACUCCAGACAUGGCACAUACGAUAACUACUGUUGCAUCCGAUGACACCACGUUGCCCGACUCACAUGGCUGUGAUGAAGACGGAGAUUCGGCAGCAAAAGUGCUUGUCGCAAGUUCCGUACUCGUUGUUGGUUCUCUUCUUAACGUCUUGCUAUCGAUAUAACACCAAUGCAUCGAUUGAUGUUACUUAUAUGGCACGUUUUAAAUACCGCUACGUCUACGUCCCACAGUCGGAAGCGACUCCGGAUCGACAAAAAAUAUUACAUUACCUCCAAUGCCAUAUAUAUCGGUUAGGGUGGAGUCAGAGUACGUGAUGUGACUGUGACGUCAGACCCGUGACUAGUAACACUUGAUGACGUCCCACUUUGCAGAUGACUUUUGCCGAAAAUAAAAUGAUGCAUAAUUAUAUUAAAAAAAAACAACAAAACAAGAGUAAUUGGUUGAUGACGGUUGGUGGGUGAAAUGGGAUAUUAUUAUAUUUAUUGACUGGUCUAAUUGGAUUCGUUUAGUUAUGU